AGACAUUAAAGUUUACACUGUCUUCACAAAUAAUAAGGCAACAAAAACCAGGUGCCAAAUAACAAACACCAAAAUACUACUUGCUCUAGUAAUCCUUGUCUUUGCUAAUUUUUCCUUUAAAAAUCAACAAAAUUUAAUUCUCUUCACUACUUCAAAAAUCCAUAUUCACUGCAAACGACAUGUCGUUUCACAGCACCAACGACUCCUCCUCAUCUCACCACGAACCGUACGAAGUAGACGAAUGUCGUGGAGUCCUCCGCGUUUACAGCGACGGCUCCAUCGUCCGCUCCUCCAAGCCAAGCUUCAACGUCCCUAUAAACGACGACGGCUCCGUUAUAUGGAAAGAUGUCGUUUUCGACAAGGUCAACCAUCUCUCCCUUCGGCUCUACAAGCCAGCCGCAGCUCAAUCCGGCUCUAAGCUUCCAGUUUUCUUCUACAUUCACGGUGGCGGCUUCUGCAUCGGCUCGCGUACUUGGCCGAACUGCCAAAACUACUGCUUACGUCUGGCUUCUGAUCUCCAAGCCGUGAUCGUUGCGCCGGACUAUCGGCUUGCGCCGGAAAAUAGGCUUCCGGCGGCUAUUGAGGACGGGUACACGGCUGUGAAGUGGCUCCAAGGCGAAGCCGAGUCGGUGGAUGAGCCGGAUAAGUGGAUGUGUGACGUGGCGGAUUUUGGGAACGUGUUUAUUUGUGGGGACUCGGCUGGUGGAAACAUUGGUCAUCACUUGGCGAUUCGACUCGGUAAGGAAUCGGCCGAGUUGGGCCGAGUUAGAGUAAAGGGCUAUGUUCUUUUGGCCCCGUUUUUUGGGGGAACUGUGAGAUGUAAAUCGGAGGCUGAGGGUCCUAAAGAUGCUUUUCUCAAUUUGGACUUAAUUGAUAGGUUUUGGAGGUUAUCUAUACCAAUUGGAGAAACCACAGACCAUCCACUUGUAAAUCCAUUUGGGCCAUUUAGUAGCAGCCUUGAGAAAGUGGAACUUGAUCCUAUUUUGGUUGUGGUUGGGGGAAGUGACCUACUCCAAGACCGUGCUAAAGACUAUGCAAUGAAGCUCCAAAAUUGGGGCAAAAAGAUUGAGUAUGUAGAAUUUGAAGGACAACAACAUGGUUUCUUCACUAUUAAUCCUAAUUCACAACCCUCGAAUCAUUUGAUGUCUAUUAUCAAAGGCUUUAUCGCUCAAAAUUCUACCUGAAUUAGAUGAUUCAAAUUUAAGUUAAGUGCUUUUAAUCAGUCUUUCUAUAAAGAGAUAAAGAGUAUGUGUAAUGUGAGUUAUGCCUUGAAAGCAAUUAUAUUGUGAUUUUGCUCAAGUAAUAAUUAAUAUCAUCUUAUUUGGU